ACACUUCCCAAACACAUAACAUCAAAACACUUGACCCAAAUUUUCUUUUGUAAGAUUUUGUUUCCUCUUCAAAGAUCUUACCCGCAAGAUCCGAUCUUCCGAAUCUCUUCUUCUCUAUAGUACUUACUUAUAGUAAACCCCACCAUCCCAUCAUCUCUUUCAUAUUUAUGUCCACCUAACCUUAACCUUUUUUCUUUCUUCCUUUUUAUCACAUUGAUUUCUUUAGUUUCCUUUGUCUUCAAUCCAAAUCCAUACCUUUCUUUCUUUCUUUUCUCCUCCCAACCUAUUUACUUCUUCUCUUUCUUUUUCUUCUUUUGAGUUUGACAAUGGCGGUCGGUGAUGUUAUGAGGAUGGAGAUUCCCGCUGGUGGAGAUUUAACCGUUACUCCCCCGGAGUUACAUGUUCUCGCUGUUGAUGAUAGUAUUGUGGAUCGUAAAGUCAUCGAGAGGUUGCUUCGAAUCUCUUCUUGUAAAGUGACGACUGUAGAGAGUGGAACCAGAGCUUUGCAGUAUCUUGGCUUAGAUGGAGACAAAGGAGCUUCUAAUCUCAAGGAUUUGAAGGUGAAUUUGAUAGUGACAGAUUACUCAAUGCCAGGACUAACAGGCUAUGAUCUCCUCAAGAAGAUUAAGGAAUCUUCAGCAUUCAGAGAAGUACCAGUAGUGAUUAUGUCAUCUGAGAACAUCUUACCUCGUAUAGAAGAAUGUCUCAAGGAAGGAGCAGAGGAAUUCCUGUUAAAACCGGUGAAACUAGCAGAUGUAAAGCGAAUAAAACAACUAAUAAUGAGAAACGAAGCUGAGGAAUGCAAAACCUUAAGAAGCCUUUCUAGCAAGAGGAAGCUUGUUGAAGAAAACAUUGAUACAUCGUCAUCAUCAUCAAGUCAUGAUGAUUCUUCUGUCAAGGAUAUUCAAUCUUCAAAACGGAUGAAAUCAGAAUCUGAAAACCUUUCUUGUCUUCUUUGAAUAUAAAUAUAGAGCCAACCCUUAGCUAACAUCUUCUGUAAAUAUUCCUCAUCUAAGUUUUUUUGCUCAUUCGUUUUUUGUUUUGGGGUUAAUACAAAAGACAAUGUUUGAGAGAGUCAUCUUACAACU